AAUUUGCAGAUCUCGACCCAGUUCCAAAAAAAGAAUGAGUUCCAGAAGUGAUGCAUAUGAUACGGUUAAGCGAGGCCCGAUAAAAUUUAAAGGAAAUAAAUCGUUGUUCAAAUCUGAUAAGUCCGCAAAAAGGAAGAAAUUGGAAAAAGGCAGUGGUACAAUGACAAAUCCGGACAUUGAGAUUCAUGGUGGAUGGAGAUCAAUAGAUAAUGAAACUGAUCUUCGGGGUGGUAUAAAUAUAUGCAUCGAAUGUAAUACAACGCCGGGAACAUACCUAGCUGCUAUGGACAACGGCAGAUUCACAAUUGGUGGACCACACUUGGCUGGCGAAGGACCAAAUCCAGAAGAAAUACUUACAUUAAUAAAAGCACCAGAUGACAUGCUUAUCAGCAUGAAAACAGGUUUCGGGAAGUAUAUUGGCGUGGAUUCAGAAGGGAACCUUAUAGCUACAGCUGAUGCUGUUGGUACGAGGGAACGAAUGAUUGUUGUCUUCCAGGAGGGCAAAACCGCAAUACAAUCUGCUUCGAACAAUCUCUUCUUGAGCAUGAAACCCGAUGCUGAAGGUUACGUACGUGUUAUAAGCCGGAAGGCGGAAGCUAAUGAAAUGAUAAAGUUACGAACCGAUGCCAAGAAAGAAGGACCUGUUGACUGGCGUUCAGAAGAAGAUAGGAAAUCCGCUGCUGAAUGUGAAACAAGUUAUGUGAAAAUGUACCAACAUUCGAAAGUUGCCGUAAAAGGAAAGUACAUAAAUAUCAACUUGGACGACAAAGAGUCCGUGCGUCGCGCCCAACAAGAAGGCAAUUUGCAUGAACUGUUGUUAGAACGUCGAGUUAAAACAAAAAGCGAUAAAUAUUGCUAGUUUUUUGAUAUGUUUGAAAUAUUACCAUCUACAAGCAAAAUAUUAAUGUAAUAUGUUAGCCAUUGUACUGUUAGCUUGCUCAGUCAGUGGUUUAAAAGUUACGUGAGAAGGGACGAACCAUGUCAA